GGCAGAUGCUAUGUGUCAACGUGAGUUUUACAGCAAUGAAGAAAUAUGCAAGAGGAUUCUGGCUCUUACCUCUUACUUGUUCCGACCUCACCUCAACCAAGUGAAUGGUGGACAGAAGCACCUCUUUUGUUACCUCCUCAAAUCAAUGAUGCAGAAGGAGGGUCUACCUUAUGUAAUCAACUUCUGUCAAGAAUAUCAGUCUUAUCUACCACAAACUGUACAGGAAUUUGGUUUAUCUUGGGAAGCGUGUUUCUCAAGCCAUCUGGGAUACAACCCGCUUGGUUAUGCCACCCAUUACCUAGAGACCAAUGGUGCCCUGUCAGCAUUAAUCCAUGACAAUCAAGACCCAAUGAUGAACAUUGUGGGAAAAUGCCACCAAUCUUCGUUAUAUAGAUUUUCAUUGCUUGCAGUAUUGUUUGCAAAUUUCUAUCUCAGCAGAUUCAGCAGACCUCUCAAUGAGCACAAAAAUAAAGCAGCUGAAUGGAUACUAGAGAAAUGCAAGUCCUUGCCAGUACCCUACCAAGAAACAGUUUGUCGAUUGGUAGGCAAGAAGGACUUUGAAUACUUUCUGACAGAAGAUGGGGACUUCAACACGUUCUCACCAUCAUCUCAACAAACUUUUCAAGGUGCACUCUAUUCAGCUCUUGCCAUACAUAUUCAGGCUGUCAUUGUCUCUAAAACAGAUUGUAAUAGCAACUUGGAGUCUGCCUUUGCGAAAAGCCUCUUAGCCCCAGAAACCUUGCAGACACUGGACACACUGAUAUCAAGUCAAAUCGAAUCACCAUCUCGGCGAUCUAAUAGACCGGUAUUUGACCAUUGGUACUGCCAAUGUGGAAAUAUGGUGUUAAUGAUCACAGGAUCUAAGACAGAGAAGAUAACAAAUUGCCCAAAUUGUGCACGUCCAAUAGGUGACCAGAUGGCGAGUGACAAUGCAACCAGUGUAUCAAACCAAACAGGAAACACAGAAAUCUCUGUCAAAGAUAUCCAGAGUUCUACUGUUUCCUUCCAUGUGAUACAUCUGCUACUCCAGUCAUGUUUUGCAGCUGGACUCAGUUCAAAACUGUGUUCAAAGGGUGAUUUGGCGGCUAAAUUCAGUUGUGCAGUCGAGGAAGUAGAUGGGAAUAUUCUUGAAAGGAUGAGAAAACAUGUUGGGGUGCUUGGAGACUUGCUAGCAGUAGAAACACAUGGAGUAUUUGAAUUUUUACAUCUCUUUAUCUCAAGAUUACAUCAUCACUUUGCCCCCAGUGGCAGAUGUAGACCGAUUGACCAGUUGUUUGAUGAGAUUCAUGAUUUAACUGCACGGCGGCAUGGUCUCAUUAAAGAAUUCAAGAAACAGUGUUUCAGUGUUGGAAGACAGGAUGAACAAACAGUUAGCACGACUGAACAACAGCAGUUGCUUGAAAUAUAUAAUACUGACAUGUGCCUUGAUUACAGUGCAGCAUAUUUUCGACUUACGUCAAAGCCAACACUGGCAAAUCUUCGAUCAGAGUUUGAAACAAGGAAACUUUCGAAACACUACCCAUUCCUGGAAGUGUUUCUAAUAACUGAAGACCGUCUGAAACUUAUCAAACACAUACCAGUUAUUCUUAACUGGCACCGUAUGAUCACUAUGAAAUUGGAACAGAGAAUUGCGAGAGAUGAGGCCAGCCAAAGGCGAACAAGCACAUUUGUAGAAGAAACUGAUAUACCCGAAUUCGAGAAAGAGAAUUUAAGAACAGCAUAUAAGACACUAAGGGCAACCUGCAAAUUUCUCCGAGAUGACCCAUUAGCCACAGCUGUUGACCCUUGUUUUAAGAAGUUACCAAACUUGGACAAACAAUCAUCAAACCUUGGUGAGUCUGUGAUAGAUUCUGAGACUUCACCUUUCUAUGUUGCACUCAGAGCAUUGGUAAACAUCCAAAACACCUUCCUAGAUGACUGCAUGCAUGCUGCCGUUGCUGGGAACAGUAUGGUACUCAGUUACAUGCGACGAGGAUCAAAUGUCGGAAUGGCGAAAUACAUCAACUUGGAAGACUGCAUGAAGAAGCACGUUAUUGAGUAUGAUUGGUCCGAUGAGAUAUUUUCUCAUUCCCAGCAGUGCAACAUAUCAUACGGUAUGGGUAGAGACAUGCAGUAUGAUUACAGAGUAAUUGAAGCAGAGCUGGCCAACAAAUUGGUGAUGGGAAAACCGUACCUUAAAGCAAAAGGUGGCAUCCAUUUCUUUCGGUUUGCAAAGGAACUUUUCCAUGGCUCAUCGUUUAUAUUAGAGGAAGUGAAGUCCUUGAUACCCCAAGAGAGAUUCCUACCAUCGGAUAUCAUCAACAGUGUGAAGAGAGACCACGAACGGUCUUUGAAUAAGACGAGUGAUCUCUUAAACGAGUUAGAAGUACUGCUGUGUUUUAUCAAACGCACUGGAGGUCAAAGUGACAUGUCUUUACUGGAAUAUGCAACACAAUGGCUGUCAACAUCUAUGAACCCUUUUCCCGAACACCUGCUACCCGAGCCACGGGAUUCAGUGAAACUUUGCCACAUUGUUCCACUGUACGAGCUCCUUGAGGAUCUACAGUCUGAUGACGCAGUGGAUUGCUUACCAGACAACUAUCGGGGGGAACUCAGUGCUGAAAUGACUAGAACUCUAACAGAGUGUAUGGAAAGCGGGGCAGUACUUCCAGACCACUUUCGAGUGUGUCUGCGAAGAUUUAUUUUCAGAUUUCUGUCUUCUGACGUGAUGGUUCUUCAACCCACUGAUUCCUUAGUCGAGUCCCUAGAAAACCCAACCCUGUGGCCGGCUGGUGUAAUGGUGGACGGUCGUAUCCAGGGUCCCAGUGCGGAACCAAAACCCCUGACAGACGUACUUCCUUGUCAGCUUUCCCUCUGCCACACGCAUGCAGUCUACAAACGGGUCCUGAAUGUUAUAGAGGAGCGAGAAAAAUCCAGACAGCGUAACCAGGUGUUUCGAGGAGGGGCAAGUGGACCAAGGGGACCACCCAGACCAAAGAGACAAAUGCAAAUCAGAAAAACCUAAGUAAUCAUGACUUUAAUUCGUGGUCUGUAUAACUGAUCACCUGCCGACCGAAGUUGGACAACUUUAUUGCGUCAGUCUCGUUUCAGAGAGUGUUUCAAAGGCUUGGCCACAGAUGUAAAAUCGUUGUUUUUGACAUACAAUUAAAAUACAGACAACACUUGCCUGAAUGAUUGUGUUAAUAUCUAAAGGAAAAUGGAUCGCUUUGGCCUGAUUUACUUCUGGUGACCCAAAGCCAUCACAAAGAGACAUCAAAGACGGACAAACUCUAAGAGCUCAGUGACAGUGAGUAGAUAGAUGAACUGCAUCACUUUGAAUUAUUGUGACAGAUGUCACAUAUUUGACGUACAUACCUUGAUGUGACAUCCGCUAUAUAGAGAAUAUGACGCUUUGCUUUGUACAUAGACACAUUGAAUGUCACAGCCACUGUUUUAUACGAUCAAUAUUCAUCGCCUCUAAAAAGAGAAUUACAAGGCGCGUCUAUGCUGAUACUGUGUUUCGAAAAGAAAAUUUUCAAGUCAAAUUGUAAAAAAAAAGGAUGGUGUACAUACAUGCAUCUAUAACUGGGAUAGGAAGUCUUAUUCAAUCAUCAACAGUGCCAAUAUUUUUUGUAAAUUUGUACAUGUGCAUAUACUACCUAUCCAUAUACAGUAGCUAAUUUUGAAUGUAUCUCUCAGUAUAUCAUAACACAAGGCUUUGUAAAUACCGAUUGCAUGUAAAUAAUGGUUUCACCUUUUAAUUAGAUGUAAAUAUUUCCCAAUUUCCAUGAUAUCAAGUUCAUGAUAUUUGUCAGUAAUAUGUUUAUCACAUUGUUAGCCUCUCAGCGGUGAAGAUAUGCUAUGAAUAUCACUACCAUAACGGUAUGUAUAUAUCUGUGUGCGUGUUUCUAUGUAUGCACAAAUCAGUUAAUGUGGGUGGAUUGCUGCUUCCAGCAAUGUACAUACAGAUUUUACAAUGUUAUAUUUCAUUAAGAUGUAUUCAGACUGGCUG